CCUCGGGCGAGGAAGAGACGCAACCUCGUGCGCAUGCCCCGAAUCAUCCCCAGAGGGGCGGGGCUGAGGCUACCGGAGCGGGAGGCGGGGAAGAAAAGGGAAUUCCAACCUGUGGGACCUAGGGGGUCCCCGGGGUCGGCUCCUUCCCAUUGACUGUAGAUGGUGUAAGGGACGGAGCCUCUGGCGGCUCGUGGGGGUGUUGGGGUCCGCAGGGUGACGGAGGGGAGUGUCAGAGUGUGAGUGGGGUACGGGAAUUCCAAACCUAGGACUUGAGGCCCUCUGGGCUCAAGCCGCCAUGCGGGACAGGACCCACGAGCUGAGGCAGGGGGAUGACAGCUCUGACGAAGAGGACAAGGAGCGGGUUGCGCUGGUGGUGCAUCCGGGCACGGCACGGCUGGGGAGCCCGGACGAUGAGUUCUUCCAGAAGGUCCGGACAAUUCGGCAGACUAUUGUCAAGCUGGGGAAUAAAGUACAGGAGUUAGAGAAGCAGCAGGUCACCAUCCUGGCCACGCCCCUUCCCGAGGAGAGCAUGAAGCAGGACCUGCAAAACCUGCGCGAUGAGAUCAAACAGCUGGGGAGGGAGAUUCGUAUGCAGCUGAAGGCUAUAGAGCCCCAGAAGGAGGAAGCUGAUGAGAAUUAUAACUCGGUCAACACAAGAAUGAGAAAAACCCAGCAUGGAGUCCUGUCCCAGCAAUUUGUGGAGCUCAUCAACAAGUGCAAUUCAAUGCAGUCAGAAUACCGGGAGAAGAACGUGGAGCGAAUUCGGAGGCAACUGAAGAUCACCAAUGCUGGGAUGGUGUCUGAUGAGGAGUUGGAGCAGAUGCUGGACAGCGGGCAGAGCGAGGUGUUUGUGUCCAAUAUACUGAAGGACACCCAGGUGACUCGACAGGCCCUAAAUGAGAUCUCAGCCCGGCACAGUGAGAUCCAGCAGCUUGAGCGCAGUAUUCGUGAACUUCAUGAGAUCUUCACUUUUCUGGCUACCGAGGUGGAGAUGCAGGUGGGGGGAGAUGAUCAACCGGAUAGAGAAGAACAUCCUGAGCUCAGCAGACUAUGUGGAACGUGGGCAGGAACAUGUCAAGAUAACCCUGGAGAACCAGAAGAAGGCGAGGAAGAAGAAAGUCAUGAUUGCCAUCUGUGUGUCCAUCACUGUCCUUCUCCUAGCGGUCAUCAUUGGCGUCACCACAGUGGUUGGAUAACGUCGCUCAUUUUCGGUGAGAUAUCGUGGGCUUGCCUUCUGGCCUGCCUCAUCCCUGCCCCCAGCCUUCCCUCCUCCCCUCAGACCCUCUUCUUCCUCCUUCCCUUGCAGGCACUGGGAGCACCAGGGACUCAGGGCCUGGCCUUCUCUCCCUGCAGCUGUGGGGACAGGGCCGAGCCUCCAGCUGGACCCCCUUCCUCACACUGGCCCCUGUGCAGAGGGGCACACAGUUCUUCUGGGGUUGGCAGCUGCUCAUUCAUGGAGGCCUCCCCCUUCAGGCCACAAUGCCUGGAGGAAGGCCUGCAAUGUCCUGUUUGGGUGGGACACAUGGUUUUGUAAAAAAUUAAAACAAAACAAAACAAAAAGA